GUUGAAAUCUGCGUUAGUUUCUAACGUUUUGCCGUACGCAUCAUGACUGUGGUUCGAAAGUUCGUGUUUUCUUUAGCGGUGCUCAGUGUGAUGAGUUAUUCAGAGUCCGCUAACACGGCCCAACAUCCGAUUCAGCGAAUUAUAGGCGGAACUGAAGCCGAACCAGGCAGUGCACCUUACAUGGUGGCUCUGAUGGCAAGUCGCUUUCGCGGUGGAGGAAUAAUUAUAAACAAAUACUACGUGCUCACAACUGCUGCAUGUGUCCCGGACGACAACUUCUACGUCCUCGCCGGAGUUUUUGACAUAUCCAGUGGCGAAUACGACCAAAGACUUCCAGUGGAUCGGGUUACAAGGCAUAUCAAAGAUGACAUCGCACUCAUCCGUUUAGGAGUACCAAUCUUUUUUGAUGAUCUCGUCAAGUCUGCCGUGCUUCCUCCACGUGGAUCUAUUCAUUCAGGAGAUGUGGUCGUCUUUGGUUGGGGGAGUUCAAGCCGUUCCUAUAGUACCCUCAACAAAGCUGUUCUGGAUAUAGUAAACUAUGACCGAUGCCAACUCAUUUUCGGAGGUGCUGGAGCAUCGCCUCUGAAUGAAAGGAACAUGUGCACCGGUCCUUUAAGUGGAGGCAUUGCACCUUGCACCGGCGACGCAGGAAGCCCCAUCGUGCAAACAAAUGCUAAUGGCGAAGACGAAGUUGUCGGUCUUGUGUCAUGGGGAUUCAUACCAUGCGGAGGUGAGGGCAAUCCCCAAGUGCAUAUUCGACUAUCAGCGUACAUUGAUUGGAUUGUGGAGAACCUUCGCUAGAACAAUAGGUUUCAUAAGUUUUAUAUUUUUGUAUUUAUUCCUCUUAUAUGUAUGUAUGUGUAUUAUUUCUAAAUAAACUAAAUAAUUAUGAGAUAUCUCCAGUGAUACUAGAA